AUGUACGUGACUCGUCCCCUUUCUCUCUACAGAAGGGACCCUUCAGCGGCUUCGUCGCCGCCUCCAGAAGUCCCGAAUUCCGGCGUGCUAGUCAUCCAAGAUGAAGAUGCUCAGCCGACGAGCUGCUUCGGGCUGGUGAACAGCAGCAGAGUCAGGGACCUGCCUUUCCCUCAGAACAAGAACCUCCAAGUUCGAUACGUCCAGCAAAGUGGAGAGCACCAGCACGUCGAAACGCACCGCGUCGUCUUCGUUCCUGCAAUCAAUUACCCGCUCGCUGCUAAUCGUUACUACGUGAUCAAGCGGGAUGGGAAGCAUAAAGGGGAAGCUUAUAGUAACUCGACAGAGGAGGAGAUGACAACUUGCUGCUUCUGCAACUGUAUCUCGGAUCGAAAGCCGGAGCCGUUCGAGCCGCACGGAGAGGACAUUUACCAGCAGUUCGAGAUCUCUCGGCGUGAUUACUGGUAUGGAGGUUCGGGUUACCGUGCCAUAUCUGUAGUUGGAGGUGGUUUCCCCCCUCUUUUUUUGAGAAGAGACGGCUGGACGCUCCAUACUUCGAAUUCUCGGGAUUUCGAGCUAGAUGAAGCUCUGGGAGUGGAUUCAGACCUUCGAGCUCGCCUUCCUGAUUUCGAAGUUGUGUUGUCCGACGAGAAAGGUGAUCGUGUUUCGGUGCCUAGGGUGGUGGGGAAAUGGUACUGCCCUUUCUUGUUCGUCAAGGAAUCGAGAAUGGAUGCUCGUGAUCAAGUCAACCAUUCGAGAUUCUACGAGAUGACGUUGGAGCAGCAGUGGAUGCCGAUUUUCAGAUGUGACAACGGCGUCGAAGGAAAUGCUAACUCGCUCGUGAAUGUAGAUAUUUUGGUCGAUACCGAAGCCGUGAGAGUUGGUGAAAGGGAUGUUGUGGGGCAUAUGGUUGGAGAAAAUGAUGGAGUCAUUUGGUUUAGAAGGGUGAGAUUGGACAAUGAUGCAGGGGAGGAAGGGAUGGGGGUUGGAUUGAGCAAGGUGAUUUUGGAGAGAAUGAAAUGGGAGGAGGAAAGAGUUGGGUGGAGAAGAAGUGAGGGUGCUAAGAAUAGGGUGAAGAAAUUUGAGGAGUUUGGAGGUGGUGGUGGAAUCAACAAUUGGAAGAGGUUUGGGUAUUUUGUGUUGGCUGAGAGAUUUGUGUUGAGGAGAAUGGAUGGUAGUUUUCUAAUGAGUUAUGAGUUCAAGCAUGUUCAUCAAUUUAGGACAAAAUGGGAGUAGAUAAUUAGUCCCUAUAUAUUUUUUGUUUUGGAUGAGGUGUUUAUGUGUUUCCUAGGAACCUCUAUAAUUGUUUCCCAUGUAAACAUAAAAUAGAUUAUACAUGUGUAAUAAUCCUUAUUAUUUUAUCAUUAGUUAUAGUUGUGUAAUUUUGUGUGUAAAUUUUCUUUUGCAUUG